AUGUGGCCGUCAACACCGAUUCCAACGCUGGCCCCGAAGCAAGCAUCUCAAUAUCCUGUUCCAUCCUCUAAUGUGCCACUUGUACCACCUACCAGUGAAACAGUUGGACCAACAACCAGUGACCUAGUUCAGCUUUUGACUGGGGUGAAAAAAGAAAUGCAGGAUCACAAUAAUAAAUUGGCAGAGAUUAGGCAGCACCAAUUCCAACUAUUACAACAGCGGCAAGAUAUCGUUGAAAAAUCGUUAGCGGAGCUUAUUGUUCAACAGAAGCUGAUUUUAGAAGAGAAGAAGAAGGAGGACCCAAUCUCAUUUGAACCAUCGUUCAUGUUUAAGCCGAUGGAUUGCGACUAUCAGCUGCAGGAGCUUGAGGCGAGGCUGACUGAUGAAGCAUACAAGCAACAAAUGGAAGGGUGGCUCAAACGGUCCGUUACAGCCAAGAUCUCGGGAAAACACAUGUUAUGCUGCUUCGAUUUGUUGUUCUCGAGGAAGUUGCAAGAACGGUGUACGUGGAGUGGAUUAUCCCGCGGAGAAGCAGUUAAAGUUAAAGAAACAACACAACGUGAUAAAUUUAUUAAAAACCAUAGCCUCUACAAAUUCAGAAAGAGUGAAUGA